AUGCCCUGGGAUUCCGACAUCGAUGUGCAGAUGAGCGCCUCCACUGUUCGCUUCCUCGCGUCAUACUACAAUAUGUCUAUCCACACGUAUGAGAAUCGAGACUACAUGCUUGAAAUAAACCCAAAGUACACGGACGGAAGUUUCAAAGACCGACUAAAUGUCAUCGAUGGUCGGUGGAUUGACGUAUGGACGGGUCUUUUUAUAGACAUUACUGCUGUGAGACCAAAGCCAAAGGCCUCAACAGUCUUCACAAGUAAAGCCAAUUAUCAGGGUGUGUUUGCAAGCAAAGACAAGCAUGAAGAGAAGGUCUGGGAUCUUUUCCCACUUCGUGAUAGUCUUUUUGAAGGGUUGCCUGUCAAAAUUCCUUACAAUUAUGCAAAGUUGCUUAGGGACGAAUACGGCAAUUCAGCUUUGACGAAGACGGAAUAUCUCAAGCAUAAAUUCAAUCAUGUUACGCUGCUGUGGGAAAAAGUCAAACUGCCUAAGAAUGGGACGUUGGACGACGAAAGCACUGGAGAUUAA